CCCCUAUACACUUUUAUCCUCCCUAGGAAUGCUUCAAGUUUCGAUUAAACCUUCAGGAUUGAGAAAUUUUUGUCAUGCUACUCAUGUUCGCGGACGUUCCCCCGCCACACCCAAAGUCAGCUGGUUUAUCCACCGCCAAUGCCCUAGAGUUUCAGCACAAUGUAGGUCAGCUGGAAAUGCUCUAGGACUUCAUUACAGCGGCCAUGAGGCGAGAGCGAGUCUCAAGACCGCCGCAUAUGAGAUGAAAUACGUUAUUCGCUGUACUUCCCUGCGGUGAACGGCAUGUUCUUCACCUCUUGUCCGUAUCAAAGGGAAGGCUGAGGAGACACCGCCUUGCUCGCUAUGUGGUGACUUACACCAGCAGGGCCAUGGACGUAGCUUGAUGUAGCAUUCGACGAUGGAUGUGUGGUGGCGGGUUUCAAUAUAAGAAGUCUGCCAGUCCAGCCAAGCGAAGCUGCCCCCCAGUCUCCCCAGGAUGCCGACAGACACUGCUCGUUAAGUCUGGCGACUAUUGCCAGUUGCUCGCAGACGAGAAUAACCUCACUCUUCAAGAGUUCUAUGCCCUAAACCCAUCUAUCGAUACGAACAAUUGCCCCAAUCUGAUUCUGGGAUGUAGCUACUGCGUCAAGGGACCUGGACCUGAUCCCAACGGCUGCCCUCCUACUACAGAUCCUACAUGCACCAGUUGGUACACCGUUAAUGCCGGGGAGUGGUGCCUCGGAGUUGCCAGCGGCCAUGGCAUCUCUCUGAGUGACUUCUACGCUUGGAACCCUUCCAUCCACAAUUGGAAUUGCGAUAAUAUGCUUGCGGGUUGUGCAUAUUGCGUAGCGAAGAAUAACGUCGACGGAUGCCCCACGAUACACCCUACAUGCCCCGGAGUGAAUACGAAAGUCUUACCUGGCCAGAUUUGUUGGGGUCUUGUAAAUGGUGAUCCAACCAGACUGACAAAGUUCUACCAGCUUAAUCCCAGUGUGGAUUCGUCGGAUUGUCGCAACCUUCUUGCUGGCUGCACUUACUGCGUACCAAAUUGAGCAGUGCAUUGAAAAUGCUAAGGUUGUUCGGGAGAUGUGUAGAGGGAUGUUGGUGUUCUAGGAAUUUAUAUUCGUUCAAAUUGUACAAUAAAUUGUUUAGUUCUAGGUCAUCGUAGAGUCAUGUAUAUCCAAAUACUUAGAGUUCAUGCU